AUGGAGGCACGAGCCAGAACAUGCAUGGGCCCGUUCAUCAGCAUCGGGACAGGCAUUCCACCAAUCGACUUUUUCUCUAAGAAGAAAGGGAACUUCAACAAUGCCGUAACCACCCUCCAAGCAGCGCUGAGGCUUCCUUCAAGGAGCGUAGGAGUGCACCGGAAAAGGGAACGGCUUUCAAUGCACGACAACAAAGAACGCUUCUCCUACUUUAGAUUUGACGGAGGCGAGCGCGACGGAGAGAUUGCUCUGGACAAAUGGAAAGGCCACCAAUUUACCCGACUGACUGGCAAAGACAAGAAUCCAGGAUGCAUGACUUUGGAAAAGAUGUACGUCGCUACCGCCGCCUACCUCGCGGAACCCAAGGUGCAGCAAGAUCUCACGGAGUGUGCGAGGAUCCUGGUACGAAGAAGACAGCUUCGAAUGCGCAACGGCUCUGAGUGGGAUCGCUACGCAUCGUUCUCAUACAAUGAUUGUAAUGUCGAAGGCUGCGCCAGACAGCGUAGCAACAAAGCUCAAGACUUCAGGGAGCACCUGCGAAAGUUCCACCAGAAAAUCGCCGAUCAUGAGAUGGAGCGAAGGGUUCUGGAAUGUAGACGUGUCCAUGGGUUCUACCGCCCGAACCCCCCUGACGCAACACCCUCUGCUGGAUAA